UUUUUUAAAAGACUUGUAAACAAAGACAAUAUUAGAAAAUAAACAGUAGGUGGCGAUGGUGCUCCAGCUGGGUGCACAUAUACAACAGAAGAAGAAGAAGAAGAAGAAGAAAAACAAGGCGGGGAAGAAGAAGAAGUUGGAGAGGGAAAUCCAAAACAGUGCACCUCCUCAGCACCGUGUUAUGAAGUGAAAAGUUAAGCAGCAACAGCGUCUGUUAAGUGGUGACAACCGUCAAAUCGUCAGAAAAAAUGCAGAAGGCUUCCCGUUUGAAGCGUGAACUUCAGAUGCUGAGCACCGAGCCUCCUCCCGGGAUAACAUGCUGGCAGACCGAGGAACAGAUAGACGACCUGCGGGCUCAGAUAGUGGGUGGAACAGAGACCCCAUAUGAGGGUGGACUCUUCACUUUGGAAAUCAAGGUCCCAGAGAGGUAUCCGUUUGAGCCUCCCAAAAUGCGUUUCCUGACUCCGAUCUACCACCCGAACAUUGACAACUCAGGGCGUAUCUGUCAUGAUGCCCUAAAACUCCCGCCAAAGGGUGCCUGGAAGCCAUCUUUAAACAUCUCCACAGUCCUCUCCUCCAUUCAGCUGCUCAUGGCUGAGCCCAAUCCAGAUGACCCACUCAUGGCUGAUAUAUCAUCAGAGUUCAAAUACAACAAACAGCUGUUUACGGAGAAAGCCAAAAAGUGGACACAAGAACACGCUGUUCAGAAGAACAUGGGAGUUGAAGAGGGCAACAAAGAAAAUACUCCAGAUCAUAAAGCUUCAUCCCGCAAAAGAGAGGCUUUCACUGCAAAUCAGGAAGCAGAGGAGCCCACAAAGAAAACCCGUGUGUAGUUUACAUCUUGCUUCUUAAGGACAUAGAGCUGUCUUUUUCAGAGCCCCCAUGCCCUAUACAGUACACCUGUCGACUUGUAAAGAGUAUGAUUUUAAAUAUUAUAUCUAGUGCUUAUUCCUACUUCCUUUUACUAUGUAUGCAUUCCUUUUCUAAAUCCAGAAAUACCCUCAUAUUUAUAUGGAUAAUUUGUAUGUGUUUGAUUUGUGAUAUUAAAGUUUAGUUUGAACACCAACUGAUGAAACUCAUUUUGAUAUAUUACAUGAAAUGCUUUUACCCUCGGGGAGUGGAGGUAUGUUUCACAGUGGUAGCAUAAGCAGUUAGUUGAUGGCAUAAAAAGUAUGAAGAUAAUAAUUUUAUUAAAACAUAUGCUUACCAGUUGUAUACAAAGUAUGUACAUCCUAAAUAGCAAGUUUUUUUUACAAACUAAGAAUUUAUUUCUUAAUAUAUAAAAUUAUAUAUUUGCUGUUUAUCAUAUAAAAAGGAAGGCAAACAUCUUAAGGCUGUAGUGAGUCAAUACCAUGCUAAUUCAGAGGUAGUUACAUUGUAUGUACAUAUUGCUAGCCUACCCUAAUGUCUGUUGAAAGAUAGCUACAUCCCAUUCAGUCUGUAAAACUGCAUGCCUCCUGUUUGCAGAUUUGCAUAUACAAAAUAUUGUAAACCAGAUGAAUCUGCGAUGUGUUGUGUCAACAUUCUCUGACAGCUGUUACACAGUUGCAAAAAAAAUAAAAAAUCCGAUUAACAUUCCUGUGAAUUAAAAAAUGUUAGCUUACUCUGGUAAAAA